AUGACGGUCUUCGAUAAGUCCAGGCCUGAUUCGCAGCAGACGAUGACUUUUGAUGAUGAGGAGUAUGCGAAGAAAGGUCUUGUUGAGCCUAGGUAUAUGGGAACAGUGGCCGACCAGCGUGAUAUGAAUGCUCUCGGUCGUGUUCAAGUCUUGCGAAGGAACUUUCGUUUCAUCUCCAUUGUGGGCUUUGGAUGCACUCUUAUCUGCACCUGGGAGGUUAUAUUGACAUUGCUUUCAGCCGGCUUGACGGAUGGCGGUACAGCAGGCUUGAUAUGGGGCUUCAUUGGCGUUUCGAUGGGGUUUACCCUCGUGUAUGCCAGUAUAGCUGAGAUGGCAUCAAUGGCCCCGACUGCCGGUGGACAAUAUCACUGGGUCUCUGAAUUUGCACCGCGACGAGGGCAGAAAUUCCUGAGUUAUAUCACAGGCUGGCUUUCUGCUAUGGGAUGGCAAUGCGCGAUUGUGUCUAUCGCUUACCUUGCCGGCACCAUCAUCCAAGGAUUAAUCGUAUUGAACCACCCAAGCUACGAUUUCCAAAGAUGGCACGGCACAAUGCUUGUAAUUGCCAUUUCGACAUUCUCAAUUAUUUUCAACACAUUCUUGGCUAAGAACCUGCCUUUCGUGGAGGGAUUGAUCCUGAUCAUUCAUAUCGUCGGCCUCUUCGCCAUCAUCAUCCCGCUGUGGGUACUCGCACCGCGUAACAAUGCCCACGCAGUUUUCACCACGUUCAACAACGGCGGCGGCUGGGAUAAUGCCGGGACUGCGACCUUAGUCGGUCUGUCGACGACUAUCACCUCGAUGCUUGGUUACGAUUGCUCUGUUCACAUGUCGGAAGAAAUCAAAGAUGCAUCAGAGACACUGCCCAAGGCGAUGAUGUCUUCUGUUGCGGUCAACGGCGUGCUGGGAUUCAUCAUGUUGAUCACAUUGUGCUUUACGCUAGGCGAGGUUGACAAAGUUCUCGAGACCCCGACCGGAUUCCCGUUUAUCGAGAUUUUCUACAAUACCACCGGCAGCUUUGCAGCGACAAAUGCGAUGACGGCGGUUUUGGUGGUGACGUUGACGGCCAGUACCAUCACGGAAGUUGCAACCGCAUCCCGGCAGUUGUGGUCGUUUGCUCGAGACGAGGGUCUGCCAUUUUCGUCUUUUUUCGCAUAUGUCACACCGGGCUGGAACAUCCCGCUCAACUCUGUGAUGGUCUCUUUGGUCGUCACAAUCCUCCUCUCAUUGAUCAAUAUAGGAUCUCAGGUCGCGCUCAAUGCUGUCAUCUCCUUGACUAUAACGUCAUUGCUGUCGGCAUAUAUCCUUUCUAUAGGCUGUGUGUUUCUUAAACGACUGCGUGGCGAGGAACUUCCGCAUCAUCGGUGGUCUUUGGGGAAGUUUGGAAUGGCGGUGAAUUUCGGAGCGUUGGCGUUCCUCUGUCCGAUGUUCUUGUUUGCAUUUUUCCCGUUGACAACUGAUGUCACGGUUGAAACGAUGAAUUGGUCCGUGGCGAUGUAUGUUGGGGUCGUUGGGUCCGCGUCACUCUAUUAUUGGGCCAGGGGCAGACACCAUUUUAUUCCGCCUGUGGCCUUGGUCAAAAGAGACGGGAACUGA